GCGCGCUAGGGAGGCGGCGGGUAGAGAGCGAGUGAGCAAGAGAGGGCGGGUGAGCCGGACCGGCGCCCACUCCGGUCGCCCCCGGGGACCAGGUUCCACAAUUCCUGGCAGGACAAACUUAAACAGAGACUGGAAUUCCAACUGCAAGUUCCUGCAAGGUUUCCUGCUAAGCACCAGGUCGCUUUGACAGAGGACAUCCAUCUCUGAAGAUCCCGAGAGGAGUUUGUUGCCUUUGUAUCGCUCCCUGAAGGAUGAAUUAAGGGAGCUCGAGGCAUAGUCAACAGCAUGGAGAGACGUUUGCCAGUUUUGAAGAUCCACACCCCAUCCUCCUCUCUGGAAAGGAUUACCAGCCCAGAAAAUGGGAAUGGGAGUCUUGACACAGAGGAAGAGUCCAGGCAGGAGGAAACUGAGUUCAGCUGGGGAGACUAUUUGGACGAGACGGGUGCCAGAGCGGUACCACACUCGUGCUUCAGACAUGUGGAGAUCAGCAUUCAGAGUAGCUUCCAGCCAGGAAUGAAGUUGGAGGUGGCCAACAAGAACCAUCCAGACACUUACUGGGUGGCCACGAUCAUCACCACCUGUGGACAGCUGCUGCUCCUGCGUUACUGUGGUUAUGGGGAGGACCGAAAGGCUGACUUCUGGUGUGAUGUCCUCAUAGCGGAUCUGCACCCUGUGGGGUGGUGUACUCAGAACAAGAAGGUGUUGAGGCCCCCGGAUGCUAUCAAAGAGAAGUAUGCCGACUGGGAGGAAUUCCUCAUACAAGAAUUGACUGGUUCCCGGACAGCACCUGCAAGCCUUCUGGAAGGUCCUCUGCGAGGGAAAGGCCCAGUAGACCUCAUUACAGUUGAUUCCUUAAUAGAGCUGCAGGACUCUCAGAAUCCCUUUCAGUACUGGAUAGUUAGUGUGAUUGAAAAUGUCGGAGGAAGAUUACGCCUUCGCUAUGUGGGACUGGAGCACACUGAAUCCUAUGACCGGUGGUUAUUUUACUUGGAUUACAGACUUCGACCAAUUGGUUGGUGUCAAGAAAAAAAUUACAGAAUGGAUCCACCUUCAGAACUUUAUUAUCUGAAGUUGCCUUUUGAAUGGAAAUGUGCACUAGAAAAAGCCUUGCUUGCCGCUGCAGAGAGUCCCCUUCCAAUGGAAGUAUUUAAGGAUCAUGCAGACUUGGGAAGCCAUUUCUUUACAGCUGGGAUGCGGCUGGAGACAUUGCACACCAAUGAUCCCUUUCAUAUCUAUCCUGCAACAGUGACCAAGGUUUUUAACAGUCAGUUUUUCCAAGUGGCCAUUGAUGACUUAAGAGCCGAGACUAACGGACUCACAAUGCUGUGCCACGCAGAUUCUUUGGGGAUGUUGCCAGUACAGUGGUGCCUUAAAAAUGGAAUCAACCUCGCUCCUCCCAAAGGUUACUCAGGCCAGGAUUUUAACUGGGUGGAUUAUCACAAGCAGCGCGAGGCCGAAGGAGCACCUCCUUACUGCUUCAAAAACACAUUUGCUCGGGGCUUUGCAAAGAACAUGAAGCUUGAAGCUGUGAACCCCAAGAAUCCAGGAGAGGUGUGCGUGGCCACUGUGAUCAGCGUGAGAUGGAGUUUGUUAUGGCUCCGUUUAGAAGGUGUGGAGACACCGAUGCCAGAGAUCAUUGUGGAUAUAGAUUCCAUGGACAUCUUCCCCGUAGGCUGGUGUGAAGCGAAUUCUUACCCUUUGACCACGCCAUACAAGUCGUCCUCAAAAAGCAAGAAAAAGCCGAUCACUGUACCUCCGGAAAAACCAUCGUUACCCCCAGUGCCUGUUCAGAAUAUACCUCAAGAGCUUUGCCUGCCCCCUCAGAUGGACACCGCAGCAGGAACCGCCAAUGAGAAGUACUACUGCCCACAGCUGUUCGUCAACCACCGGUGUUUCUCAGGCCCGUUCCUAAACAAAGGAAGGAUUUCAGAACUACCUCAGUCCGUGGGACCUGGCAAGUGCGUGCUGGUGCUUAAAGAGAUUCUUACCAUGAUUACCAAUGCAGCCUACAAGCCCGGGAGGGUGUUGAGAGAGUUACAGCUGGUAGAAGAUCCAGAGUGGGAUUUCCAGGAGGAGGUGCUCAAGGCAAAAUACCGAGGCAAAAUAUACAGGGCCGUGGUCAAGAUCGUGCGGACAGCAGACCAAGUCACAAGCUUCUGCCAGCAAGUUUGUGCCAAACUGGAGUGCUGUCCGAACUUAUUCAGCCCCAUGCUGAUCUCUGAGACCUGCCCGGAGAAUUGUUCCAUCCGCACCAAAACCAAAUACAACAAAAGGGAGAUGGGGUCAACAUUGUGACCUGCAAGUGAAUUAAAAGAUGAUUCUGGAUCUUAUGUCAUCAAAUUUCGAAAGGCUAAGAUCCCUCCAACCUAUUACUAUGGAAAAAGGAAGAAGAUCAUUAAACCUCCACUCGGAGAAAACAACACUGAAAGCGCACCAAAACCCACCAGGAGAAGGAAACGAAGAAAAUCAAUCUAUGUGCAGAAGAAACGGAAAUCCUCUGCAGUGGCCGUGCCAGCGACCUCGGCACAGGAAACUGAAGAGGACGAUGCAGAGGCCAUGGACACUGCAAGUGAGGAAACUGGUUACGUGGUCCAGAAUCACAAGACACAGCAUGUGCCAAUAGAGAUGCCCUUCACCCGUUCACAGAGGGCUAUGAUCCUGAGGAAACACUCAGGGGCUGUAAAGCACCCUCCAGUGGAAAGGACACGGAGGGUCCGCUCAGUGCACUCUUCUAAUAACAGAAACAAGGGUCCGCUUGUCAGGAUUGAGAAAUCAGAGGACCCAAGGCAGUCGGAGGAGGAGAAACUUAUUCUCGAGAGCAAUCCACUGGAGUGGUCCGUCACAGAUGUGGUGCGAUUCAUUAAGCUGACUGACUGUGCACCUUUGGCCAGGAUCUUUCAAGAGCAGGACAUCGAUGGCCAGGCUCUCCUCCUGCUCACUCUCCCAACAGUGCAGGAGUGCAUGGAGCUGAAGCUAGGACCUGCGAUCAAGUUAUGCCAUCAGAUCGAGAGAGUGAAAGUGGCUUUCUACGCCCAGUACGCCAAUUAGCUCACCCUUCUGGGCAUCGCCUGAUUCUGAUUAUGCUGUGUUUGUUGUAACGGUUUCCAGGACCGAGGCCUUGAUUUCCUGGGCUUUGUGAAAUGGCACAAUCCAUUGGGGAUCUCCAAAAAGCCAGAAGCCCAGGACCUCUUUCUUGCACCAGCCUAUUUGGUAGUCCUAUGUUUUUAAAGCACACGGAAGGAACA